AUGGAUACAAAUCAAUACAGAUACUCUAAAUCAUUUUUUAAUGACGGGUUUCAAAUACAUAUAAAGAUAGGUGAUUCUAUUAAAAGAUUCACAUUUCAAAGUUCAACAACUGUUGAUCAUGUAAAGUAUGAAAUAUUUAAACAAACCAAAGAGAUUACACAAGAAAACCGUCAAAACUACUUUUUGGCGUUGAAUAGAACCGUCAUCCUUCAAAUCGAAUUUGUAAAGUUUAUAUUUGCACAUGAGGAUAUUCAAAAGGCUCUAUUGACAAAACAAUCAGUCGAAGUAUUCCUUGUUCCAAAAUCAAAAGAGAUAAGAGCAAGAAAACAUAAAGCUGAUAUAAUUAAAAAGAGAUUGGGAAACUUUAAACAAAUACCACAUAAUAAUAUAUUAUUGCAACAACAACAACAACAACAACACAAAAGAUUAUCAACAGAUAGUGUUGCAUCUGGUAGUGCUGCCACCAACACUAGUGGUAGUGGUGGUACCUAUACCGAUGACAACUUUUCAGAUGUUUCUUCACAAUUGUCACCCGAUAUUACACCAUUAUCACCAUUACAAUUACCAUCUUCUGUCACUUCAACUGGCAUCUCAAUCGAUGAGUUAUCAUUACAAGAAGAAGAGGAUUUAUUGAUUUUAAAGAAAAAGAAUGCUUUGAUAAAUCAAAACAACAAUAACAACAAGAAUGAACAAUCAUCGUCAGCAUCAGAAUCAUUUAGAAAAAGAGAUACAUUUGGACUUUUUGCAACAUUAAAACAACAACAAAAUGAUCAACAACAUUUAUUACCAGAUUUAAAGAAUCUUUCAACGACGACUAUGGAAUCGGUCGAUGAUGAAGACAAGGAUAACUUGUCACCACGAAGAAGAUCACAACAGAGAAAACAAUUGUUGAUUCAGUCGACCGAUGCAUUUGUAGUGUUGGACGAAUUUGGUGAUGAGGAAGAGAUUCUUAGACAAAAAUUACAACAACAAUUGGUGCAGUUGGAAGACGAGGAAUUGAAAUUCCAAGCACAGGCUGCAGAUGAUUCCGAUCUAUUGAUUGGUGGAGACAGCGAUUUUUCAGGCAGUGAGAAUGAAAAGGAAAAAGAAUCACCAACUCUUUUAUCUACCUCGGGUGAUACUCUAUCUCCUACCUUGCCUGCUAUAUCUUCACCUCAAUUGACUCAACAACAAAUAUACAGAAAAUCAAUAUCAAAGGUUGAAUUGUUAAAUCAAGAGAAACGUCUUAGUCAAGAUUUCAAUCAACAAUUACAACAACAACAACCAACCGAACCAGAAGAAGAGAAAAAACAACAAGAGGAAGAAGAAGAAUUACAUUGGUCAAAUAAUAUUCAAAUGAAACAAAAAUUAAUGGAAAAGGAUCAUUUCCCAUUGUUAGUGUCGACACUGUCAAUGGAGACUUCACUGAUUGUACAAUGCCCCAAGAUUUCAUCGACGAUGGAGUUUAAGAACCAGUUGAUUGAAUCACUCCAAUCAAUUGUGCAUUUGCUAAAGGUUGGCACGUUUGCUAUUGACCAGCAACAGGAUAUCCUGCCAAUCAGCAGUAAUAGUAUCAUCCACAACUUUGUCGAAUCAUCGUUAAACAACUGUAAUAUACCCAAACUAAUUGUAUUAAAACCAGGUAUGAUUGAUCUAGUCAAUCAGCAAUUGUCACCAUUGUCGGGGUCUCCUCUACUCGGUCAAUCUGUUCAACUGUCCAUCUCACCUCCUCCACCCUUUCCCAUAUCUUCAUCCAAUCCUCUCACUAUGAGUGGAAACUAUCCAAAUCAACAACCACAACAACCAGAUUCGUCAACUACCUCCUCCUCCUCGUCUGCAUCCAAACCAAUUCCAAUUGCAAGAGGUGGUAGUGUAUUUUUCAGCUCCAAACCAUCUUCCAUGUCAUCAUCACCAAUGUCUGGCAGUCCACUCAUUCGAAACUUGGGUAAUACCAACCAAAUCAACAAACUCAAUCAACAAAAUCAAGAUUUAAAGAAUAACAGUAAUAAUAAUAAUAGUAAACAAGGUAAAGGUAACAAAAACAAAAAGCAAGAUGCUAUUUCUGCUGCUGCUGCGGCUGCUGCAGUUUCACAACCAACCUCUCCAACACAACAAAAACGAAAUCGUAAUAUUACAGUAUCAUUCUCACUGGGUGAACAACGUGACUCUAAUGUCAAGCAGAUUAUGCAGAGAAAGAAACUGGCACAAAUCCAGAUUGGAUCGUUACUUGGUAAACCAUUGUGUUGGAGUAAUGGAGAGACUGAAAUUAAAUAUUUUAGAACAUUGAUGGAUAAUUUAUUCAAUUUUGGUCAGUUGGAUGCAAGAGAUCGUGUCAAAGUCACUUUGGCACAGGUCACUACAGCACCCAAUGAUCCAUUAUUGCCAGCGGCAUUCCGCAUCCGAUUUUAUUUGCCACCCGACAACCAUUCGACGGCGAUCAAUGUAAACAUGACCGACUUGAUGAGCAAGAUUAUCGAGCGUGUCAUCUCCAAGCACAAUAAUACCACCAAACUGCUGACCGACCAAAAGGCACAAGACUUUAUUGUGCGUAUUACGGGUACUAGCGAUCACGUACUACGUGACUGCGAGAUUGGACAAUUGGACAUGGUGCGUCAGAGACUACAACGUCGCAAAGACAUCAACUUUAGUUUGAUCCAUCGAUCGGCACUCCCCGACAUUUACAUUGACGGUCAUACAGCCACCAACAAUAGCAAUAUGAUCUUUUUAAAUCCAAAUCUCAACAAUAACCUCUUUAUCAAUCAGUUUAAUCAACAACAUAUCCAACAACAACAACAACAACCGCAACCAAUGCAAAUGCAGUCUAACCAAAAUCACAUUAAACGAUCGAUUCUGUUGUAUGAGAUUAACCGUCCGUUUGAGAUUAGAAUCAUUUGUCUAGAGAACCUAAACAAUCAACUGGCCAGCCACUUUUUGCAAGAUGGUAGUGUGAAUGAUGUCAAGUUGUCUGUGGUGGCCGAGUUGGUGCAUGGAGAGGAGCCAUUGGCACCCCCAAUGGAAACGUUUACAAAGGCACAUAAUAACCCGUUAUGGUGUCAGUGGUUGCGUUCGUCGUUGCUCAUGUGCGAUUUACCACGUGCCACCAAACUCUGCUUUACAGUGUAUGCGAUGGUUGGUAGUAAUCAACGUGUCGCGAUUGGAUGGGUUGAUCUGCAACUGAUUGAUUAUAAGAGUCAGCUCCAAAGCGGUGUGAUAUCGCUUAUUUUGUGGCCUGGAGACCGCACGAUGCAGACAUCAGAGUAUGCCGACAUUUGUCCCAACCUUGUUGUCGAACUACUACAAUUCCCCUUCCCAGUACUGUUCCCACGCUCCGAGUUGAUGGAACGUACCGAGAUUAAAGAUUAUGUGGAAGCACGUAAAGAGGAUGAAGUGCGUCUCGACCAGCUUAUUAACAAAGACCCCAUGUAUAAGCUGUCAGAGGAUGAACGCAAGUUUAUAUGGACGUACCGUAUGCAUUUGCGAAAGUUCCCUCAUUCCCUAUCCAAGGUGUUACAGUCGUUGCCAUGGAACCAACCACAGCAGGUCAAGGAAGCACACCGUCUGCUGUCCAUUUGGGAGCCGUUGUCUCCACACGAAGCACUCGAGCUGCUCGACGUUAAGUUUGCCGAUGAACUGGUACGUGAGUACGCCGUCAACUGCCUGCGGUCGCUGAGCGAUGGCGAGCUUGCACUCUUUUUGCUGCAGCUGGUUCAAUCGGUUAAACACGAACCACAUCACGACAGCGCUUUGGCACGUUUCCUCAUCCACCGCGCUCUGGCCAACCGCUCUGUGAUUGGACACCCCUUCUUUUGGCACUUGGAGGCUGAAAUGCACAAUGUGCGUAUUUCAGACCGUUACUCGUUGAUUCUCGAAACAUAUCUACGCGGUUGCGGUGACCAACGACACGAGUUUGUUAAGCAAAUGGAGGUAGUAACCAAACUAACUACCAUUGCAAAGAUGGUCAAAGAAGCAGCUGUAUCGAAACGAAAGAAUCUACUUUUAGACGAACUCUCCAAGUUAUCUCUUCCCAAUACUUUCCACCUACCCACUUCAGCAUCAACCGAGUCGUGUGGAUUAAUUGUCAGCGAGUGCAAGUGGCUCGACUCAUUUACCGUACCACUUUGGUUGGUAUUCCAAAAUGUUGAUCCACUCGGCGAACCAAUUGUCGUCAUCUUUAAGAAUGGUGACGAUCUCAGACAGGAUAUCCUAACACUUCAAAUGAUCACAUUGAUGGAUAAUUUGUGGAAACGUGAUGGACUCGACACUCACAUGUCUCUCUACAAUGUAACAUCGACUGGAGAAGGAUGUGGUUUCAUCGAAGUGGUCAGCGACAGUGAGACCGUCGCCGAUAUCCAAAAGGCAGCUGGUGGUGUCACUGCCGCCUUUACAAAGACACCACUUGCCAACUGGCUCAAGGAACGUAACCCAACCGACGCAGAGUAUGAAUACACUGUAAAUAACUUUAUUCAUUCACUCACUGGUUACUGUGUGGCCACUUAUAUUCUUGGAAUCAGCGAUCGUCACAACGACAAUAUUAUGGUCUCCAAAUCAGGACAUCUCUUUCACAUUGACUUUGCCCAUUUCCUUGGCAAUAUUAUGAAAUUCCAUGGUUAUAAACGUGAAAAGGCUCCAUUUGUACUCACUCCCGAAUUUGCUCACGUCAUUGGUGGAGAAAAAAGUAAAUCAUUUGCUUGGUUUACUGAACUUUGUUGUACUUCUUUUAAUAUUAUUAGAAAACAAAGAAAUCUUUUUAUUAUCUUAUUUAAUCUUAUGUUAUCAACUGGUAUACCAGAAUUAUCAACAAGAAAUGAUAUAGAUUAUUUAAGAGAAGCAUUUUUAAUGGAUGAAGAUGAUGAAGAAGCCAAACAAUCAUUUGCAAGAUUAAUUACAAAGAGUUUGAAAACAAAAACAACUCAAGUAUUAUUUGCUAUGCAUAUUCUUGCUCAUUCUGAUAAUAAAAUAAAUCAAUAA